AUGCCAGUCACUCACUCCUUGUCAUGCAGUAAAACCUAUGGCGCCCCUCGGCGUCCAUUUGAAAAGUCCCAGUUGGACCAGGAGCUGAAGCUGAUUGAUGAGUAUGGUCUGAGGAACAAGCGUGAAAUCUGGAGGGUGGAGUUCACUCUGGCCAAGAUCCGCAAAGCUGCACGCGAGCUGCUGACGCUGGACGAGAAGGACGCCAAGCGACUCUUUGAAGGGAAUGCGCUGCUGCGUCUGGUCUGCAUUGGAAUGGUGGAUGAGGUGAAGAUGAGGCUGGAUUACAUUCUGGGCCUGAAGAUGGAGGAUUUCCUGGAGAGAAGGCUGCAGACCCAGGUGUUCAAACUGGGCCUGGCCAAGUCGAUCCACCACGCUUGGCUACUGAUUCGGCAGAGACACAUCCGAGUGCGGAAGCAGGUGGUGAAUAUCCCAUCCUACAUAGUGCACCUGGACUCCCAGAAGCACAUUGACUUCUCACUGUGUUUCCCAUAUUGGCGUGGUCGUCCCAGCAGGGUAAUAAGGAAGAAUGCCAAGAAGACCCAAGGAGGUGGAGGAGCUGCUGAUGAUGAGGAGGAGGACUGA